UUUCAAUUCGUUUUUUUUAGCUAAAACCUCACAACAGCCAAAACAUGGCUGCAACUGGUCCUGUUAACCAAAAUUGGGAUUUCAGCUGUAACAUGGAUGUGGAUUUCGAAACGGACCAACAUGCUUUCAUUGCUUACAAAGCAUUGUCUGUUGAUAAAGAGUUGCAGCCUGAUAAGGUGAGAAGAGCCAUGUCCGUAUCAAACAACAAGCUUUCUGUGAACUUCGAGGCAAUAGAGGCAAGGCUUCUUCGAGCAUCCUUCUCUGCGUUUGUUGACGUUCUUUCUCUAGCCACAAGAACAGUUCAAGAGUUUGGGCAAGACUAAAACAGCAGUGUGAAAAAAGAACUUUAAUUUCUCUUUGCCCCUUCAAGAACUCAAUUGUUGUAGUGUUUAUCAAGCAGUGUACUGUUAUGUUGUGGCCGAAUCAGAUUAGUGUAAAGAUAUUACAUUUAAAGCUUUAUGACUUUGGCUA